GGCUCCAUCCCUCCCCCUCCCCGGCUCUACUCGGGCAGCGGCUCCCUGCUGCUGUGGCUCCGAGAUUCGCAGUUCAAGGGUCAGCGCAGCCCAGGGCUUAGCCCAAGCCUGCCUGGAGCUGGAUUUAACCCUCAGGCGGCUGCUGCCCCAGGCCCUCCAGCCCUGGCCUGCCAUGGGAGCCCGGAGCCAGCUGGACCUGUGCCCUGGUGCUGCCUGUGCGUAGGGCAGAGACCUGGGCACCCUGCCGGUGGAGAGACGAGUAACCGAGAGCCACCCCAGGGAGCAGGGCUGGAGAGUGGGAGCCAGGCUGCCGGGCUGAGUCCCUGCGCCGGUCCCUUACUGCUGCCUUGUGCUGGGUGUUUACUUGGGCAGCAGGCGGACUGAACGCAUCCCCGUGGUGCAGGAAGUGGCCGCUGCCACAGGACAACACAAAUGAUGGCUGAUAACCAGGCUAUAGGGCUGAGUCCAUGCGCCACGCCUGGAACUGUGUGUGUGUUGGGCAUAGAUCUGGGCACCACCUCAGUGAAGGCUGCCUUGGUCGUAGAGACAGCGCAAGGGCAAAUUGUGACCCAGAGCUGUUCAAGGGAGACACAGGCCCAGGCUAAUAGCCCGGCUGCUGGAGCACAGGGAAUGGAGCAAGAUGUCCAGAAAAUAAUAAAAGCCUUGAAUGAAUGUCUUGCGGCUUUUCCCCAGGAGCACCUUCAAAGGUCUUUAAGGUGCCACCAGACUCCUUGUUGUUUUUGUGGAUACAGACUGACACGGCUACCCCCCGAUACCAGAUGUUGCAAAUGGGCCGAGAGUGGAACUGGUCACACCUUUCAGCCUGGAGAAGUCAGUCAUCUGAUUACGUGGCAAGAUGGCCGCUGCAGCAGCAGUUUCCUCUCUUCUCUUCCUCAACCACAGUCACAUCUAAGCGUGGCUACAGGAUUUGGAUGUGCCACAAUCUACUGGUAUUUGAAGAACAGCCCAGAUUUUCUGAAGCCUUUUGAUGCAGCUGGUACCAUCCACGACUAUGUGGUUGCCAUGUUGUGUGACCUGGAAAGGCCAUUGAUGUCCGUCCAGAACGCUGCCAGCUGGGGAUAUUUUAAUUCCAGAAGUAAAAGCUGGAAUACUGAGAUUUUGAGAGAAUCUGGCUUUCCCCUUGACUUGCUUCCUGAAGUGGGUGACCCUGGUGGCAUUGCUGGGAGGAUGCCCCAUGACUGGCAUGGAAUACCAAAGGGAGCGGAAGUGGGAAUUGCUCUGGGAGAUUUCCAGUGCUCUGUUUAUUCUUGUAUGACUGAGCGGACUGAUGCAGUUCUCAAUAUCAGCACCUCUGCUCAGCUGACAGUCCCCAUGCCCUUGGGAUUCCAGCCCCCAGAGACACCAGAUUCCUUGUCAGCUGUUGCCUAUUUUCCUUAUUUUGAUGGUAACUAUCUGGCAGUGGCAGCAUCACUCAACGGAGGAAAUGUGCUGGCAACAUUUGUGGAUAUGUUGGCCUGCUGGAUGGCGGAGUUGGGGUAUGACGUUCUAGAGUCCCAUGUCUAUACACAAAUGAUCAACGCAGCCUUGGCCCAAAAUGCUACCAGACUCUCAAUCUGCCCAACUGUAUUUGGAGAAAGGCACAUGCCUGAGCAACUGGCGUCUGUGACUAGUAUCGCUGCUUCUGAGCUCUCUCUGGGUCACGUCACCAGAGCUUUGUGCCAUGGGAUCAUUCAGAAUCUGCAUUCCAUGUUGCCAUUUCAACACCUGAAAGAGGCAGGAGUGAAGAGAAUUCUGGGAAGUGGAAGUGCCCUUUCCAGGAAUGAGGUGCUGAAGCAAGAAGUGGAGAAAACUUUUCCACUUCCUGUGAUCUAUGGAAAGGAUGUGGAUGCAGCUGUAGGCGCUGCUAUGGUGAUGCUGCACAGAAGAUAAAUCCAUAGUUCAGGAUUGUCUGAUACAAAGUUUUUUUUUUUUUUCUGGACAUAUCAACACUUUCUUUCUAUUUCCUCAUCAUUCCUGACGUUGCUUUUAAUCUACCAUUCCACUCAGUAUGGAGAAGAACAGCUUCCAUUAAUGUCCCUCUCUGGUUCCAUAUGUACUCAGGGCCCUGCAUGCUCUUAUGUUGUCAUUCCUAAUUGUGCAACAAUUUACCAUAUGAAAUUUGGCUGUGUGAAGGGAAAAGCUCCAUUACGUUUGGGUUGAAGAUAAUACUUCAUCACAGGCUUAUUUUCCUGUUAGGUAAGAAGAGCCAGUGUCUGUUGGUAAUGGCAUCUGUAGCCUUUGUUAGAGAUGUUUUGUGGUUAAACUAUCUCUUUCCAUAUAUAUGUGUAUACAACACAAUGGAGCCUAAAGGUGCUACUGUAAUACAAAUAAAAUAAUAAUUUACCAUA